CUGGGUGUACUAUGUGUACUGUGUGUACUAUGUGUACUGUGUGUACUGUGUGUACUGUCUGUACUGUGUGUACUGUGUGUACUGUGUGUACUGUGUGUGAGAACCUAGUGCUAUAGUGCCAGAUGUAGUGAAAGAAAGGUUAAGGUUAAUACUGGCUUUUUAAUCCUGCUGAGUUCCUAAUGGAACCCUAUUCCCUAUUUACUGUAGUGCACUACCAGGGCCAGGGCUGGUCAAAGAUAGGGCACUAUAUAGGGAAUAGUGUGCCGUUUGGGACACAGUUGUAGUAAACAUGACGGACUCACCUGUGUUCUCUAACAGGCAGUCAGGCUGUCAGUAGUUCUAUUGAAGUUCUACUAGUUUGUGUUCAUGUUCUACUAAUUCUAGUCAAUGCAGAUCAACACAGUGAAGUGUGAGGUAACUAGCUGCAUGGGGGUUCACUGCCCUCAUUUCUUUUAGUACUUCAUAUUUUGGCGCUAGUCCCGCCUCAUCUCCUCUUACUUUCCAAAAAUACCCCUGUGACUGAACAGGGGCACCGAUGGUGUGGUCAGAAAUUGCGGGACCCACCACCACUACUAUCGAGCUUCACCACCACCCCUCUGACCAGCAACACAAAGUCCCAUAGGAGGAACCCGAAAGUGAAGCAGGAAGUAAGCGGCAGUGGCAGCAGAGAGCAUGCUGGGGUGUGGGGGCGGGGCAAAGCUGCGCCACAGUUUGACGGUGGCCUCGGGAUUCGUUGAAAACCUGUGUUUCUCGGGGAUAGCGUACGGCUGGGCGUCGCUGGUGUUCAUCCUUAAGAACGACGGCUACUUCAGUGACCUCUGUGACAUCACUGCCAACGCCACUGACACCGGUGACAUUAUCACGUUGUCAGGGGAGUGGCCCGGUGCUAGCAUCAUACAGUCAGACUGUAGUGGCCAGGAUGAACAGUUCUCUCUGGUCUUCACCGUCGCCUCCUUCUCCAUGAACUUCCUGCGUUUCCCUCUGGGCUUCCUGUUCGACCGCUUCGGCACAAUGGCGACCAGGCUCCUGGCCACAUGUCUAUACACCACGGGGACCUUGUUGAUCACUGGCUCCAGUCCAGAGCAGUCAGCGUUGCUGUUUCCUGCCAUCUCGUGUCUGAUCACAUCUGGAAUGUUGUUCUACACCACCAAUGCUCAGGUGGGGAACCUGUUCGACAGCCACCGUUCCACGGUCAUAUCGGUCUACGCCGGGGCCUUCGACUCCUCCGCCGCUGUCUUCCUCAUCAUCAAGUUUUUGUAUGAAAGAGGGAUCUCUUUCCACUCCUCCUUCCUCGUUCUCUCCGUCUGCAGCGUCAUCCACGUCUUCCGGACAUUCUUCCUCAUGCCCAAGACCCACAUCCCCUACCCACUCCCCGACAGAUACGCUUACGGGGUGAGCUGCGGUGGCCGGCGUUGGAAGAGAGAGGGAGAGAGAGGAGAUAAGGAGGGAGGAGGAGGAGAGAGAAAAGGAGAUGUGAAUGCCAAAUAUCAGAGGAAUGCUGUGUUACAGAAGGCCGAGAGUGCCCCGCUGCAGUUGCAGGACAAAGCAGGACCUUCCAGACCCGAUCAGCCUGAGAGAGUUACCAGUUUUAGGAGUUGUGUCCUGUCCUGGUUCUUCCUGUGGCACCUGGUCUGGGUGGCUGUCAUGCAGUUCUGUCACUUCCUGUUCAUCGCCACGCUGAACCCCAUGCUCAACCGGCUGGCCAACAGAGACCAGACCCUGGUGAGUCAGUACACCAAUGCCUUUGCCUUCACCCAGCUCUGUGGGGUCCUCUGUGGUCCCUGGAACGGCCUCAUCAUGGACAGACACAAGGGGAAGCCACUGGCUCCAGGAGAGACGAAGCAAGAAGCCGACCUGCGCUCCUCUUCUCUCUCCCUCUUCCUCACCUCCCUCCAGUGCCUCAUCUUCUACGUCUGCUUCUCUUCUCCUCUCCUUCCUCUCCAGUACCUCACCUUCAUCCUGCAAGUCCUCAACAGUGCCUUCAUCUAUGGUGGACACCAAGCCUUCCUCACCAUCGCGUUUCCCGGCUGCCAUUUUGGUAAGUUGUCUGGUAUGAUAACAUCUCUGUCAGCUGUGGUUCUGCUGCUCCAGUUCCCUGUUCUACACCUCAUCAGAGAGUUCCUGCAUGGAGACCCUAUCUAUGUGAACGUGGGUCUGACCCUCCUCACCCUCCUCACCUUCAUCCACCCCCUCCACGUCCACCUCCACUGCCGCUCUCUAGCCAAUCAGAGGAGGGCUAAACAGGAAGUGACAAACUCGGGGUCAAAGGUCACGUGCAACAGGCUGGUGGGGAUGUGACGAUAAACCAACAACAACAGUGGUGCGUCUCAAUAGUCUAAAGUCGCUUCCUCUCCUUGUCUCCUUUCCUUUGACAACAUUGAUCUGAUUAAAUUGGACAGGUGGAAAACAGGGUAUAUGUCCCAAAUGGUGCCCUAUCCCCUACAUAGUGCACUACUUUUGAUGGACCCUGGUUAAAAGUAGUGCACUAUAGUUUUGCCAAAGGGUACAUUGAGACACAGACAGGUGCCUCUGUAGGACGCCUUCCCUUCGCCAUCUUGCUUUCACUUGUCCGGUGAAGGAGAGGAGACGAGGAGAGAAAGCAUCUUUAGACUGUUAGGAUGCAUCCAGGACAAUUGACACUACAUCAUCGACAAUGCCACUGACUGUUCAAGGCAGGGCAAAGGAGGACAGUGCCAAAGUGAAGACCUACUGUAAUGUGUGUGUUAACCUGUCUGAUUGUAAUAAAGAAUACAACUAAACUGUGAAAC